AUGUCAUCAGGAAGUGAAGAUGUUUUCAAGGAAAUUUUUCCUAAAUUAAUGAACACCAUUAGAGCGGCUAGUUCUUUAGGAGCACAAGAUGUCAAUUUCUAUAAAACAGUCGACAAGGAUUUAGGUAAACAAAUUGAUGAACAAAGUCAAAGAUUGUUGAAUAUAAGUAAUGAUUUACUUAGAGCAGCUACUGACGAUCCUAAUGAUUUUGAAGCUAUUGAAUAUGGCCAAGAAAAUGUAACCGGUGAAGCAUCUUGGAAACCCAUAUCACGAAUAAUCGAUUCAAUUUUUGAUAAAAUCGAUUCUACUUUUGAUCAAGCCAAACGGAAAGCAAAGGGGAUCAGCAAAGAUCAAGAAUUAGAAUAUCUUGAUGAUGGUAUAACUUCCACAAUAAAAAACGAGAAGCCAUCGAAAACAGAGAAACCACAAUUAAAGUUUAAAGUUCCUAUCGAUAAUUCAGAAGCAGGACCCUUCAAACCAAAACUUUCUUCAAAACCUCAUGCAUUAGUACCAUUUAACGAUUCCUUAAUUAAUCCUGAACCAGUUUAUGAAGAUUCAAUUGAGAUUAUUGAUCCACCAUUUUAUGCCCAACCUUACGAAUAUGAAAUUGAUAAUCAACCUUAUCCUGAUGCCAUACUAGCUAAGUCUGAUCCAAUCCCACCAAAAGAUUGGUCUACCACCAAGGCAAUAUGGGUAGAUACAGUGGAAGAGUUACACAAGAUGGUGCCAGAAUUGAAAAAACUGACCGAAAUUGCUGUUGAUUUGGAACACCACGAUUACCGAUCCUAUUAUGGUAUAGUAUGUUUAAUGCAAAUCUCGAGUCGUGAACAAGAUUGGAUUGUGGAUACUCUUGUCUUGCGUGACGAUUUGACGGUAUUAAAUGAAGUAUUUGCUGAUCCUAACAUUGUAAAAGUGUUUCAUGGGGCAUUUAUGGAUAUAAUAUGGUUACAACGAGAUUUGGGGUUAUAUGUUGUUUCAUUAUUUGAUACUUAUCAUGCGUCAAGAGCACUUGGAUUUCCAAGAUUCUCAUUGGCAUAUUUAUUGGAAGUGUAUGCACAUUUCAAAACAUCAAAACAGUACCAAUUAGCUGAUUGGAGAAUUCGACCUUUAUCACCACCCAUGUUGGCUUAUGCAAGAUCAGAUACUCAUUUUUUGUUAUUCAUAUAUGAUCAAUUGAAGAAUAAAUUGAUUGAUGCUAAUAAAUUAGCUCAAGUAUUGUAUGAUUCGCGACAAGUUGCUAAGAGAAGAUUUGAAUACACAAAGUAUAGACCCAUGGCUAAUACAUUUUCCAACAAGGUUACAUGUCCAGUUAUGGCAUUCAAUCCAAAGGAACCAUGGGGGUCUAUUGUAUCACAGUACAAUGUUCCUCAUUUUAAGCGUCCAGUUGUUGAAGUUUUGUACAAAUGGAGAGAUUUAAUGGCUAAGCAACAAGAUGAAUCGGUGAGAUAUAUAAUGCCCAAUCAACUACUUGUCAGUUUAGUGAACUUGGAAUCACCAGUGGAUUUGAACAAAAUACUCAAUGUUUCUUAUCGUAUUUCUGAUGCGGUUAGAAUUAAUGCCAAAGAGUUGGCCAAUUUGAUUGAACAAACUUUGAAAGAUACUGAAGCUAAUGAUUGGGAUUUAGUGGAUCAAUGGAAUAAACAACAGAGUGAAGAGCAAGCUGAUACUUAUGUUGAUGUUGCAAGUAUAGCUAAUGAGUUUGACAAAUUGCUUACAAAUGCAGCCCAAGUGUUUGAAGCAUCUACAUUAUUAACUAGCGAAUCUAAAGCUUUUGGCAAUAUAUAUCACAAUAAACCGUUGGUUACUUUGGAAUUUAGAGAUGAAAAAGUUUUCAAACAUAAUUUUAAUGAUGCUUGGCAAAAGAGAUUAGAAGCGACAUGGAAAGAAUUGACAGUAGGUACAGAUUUGGCAAUUACUAUACCCAUAAGUGAUAUCGAAGAUAUAGAGGAAGAAGAGGAGUCCGAGGAAGAUAUUCCUGAAAAAGCACCAGCAACUGCUAGUGAAGGCACUAAAAUAUCAGGACAAGCCGUAUUGUUUAACACUGCUAAAGAGAUUGAUCCAAAUGAGCUUAUAACUCUUCGAAAACGGAAUGUUCAACCCAUUAAGAGAAAUAACAAUAAAAAGGUUUCACAAGAAGAACAAAAGGAGAUUGAUUAUGCCAAUGCAGAUAAGAUAUUAUUGAAAGAUUCGAAAAAGAAAAAUGAUAGAAAGAAACGUGGAUUUGAUCCUUAUGGUAGAGAUAGUGAAGGUCCAAAACCUGCCAAAAAGGCCAAAACCAUGACUUCUGGAAGAACCUCGACGUAUAAGAAGAAAAUGAAUAAGUAUAAAUAG